UGAGCCACCCUCCACAGUCCCAGAGCCCGGCCAUGCUGAGCCGCCCCUCACAGUCCCAGAGCCCGGUCCCGCUGAGCCGCCCCCACAGUCCCAGAGUCCAGCCCCCCUGAGCCACCUGCCACCAGCUCCGCUGAGCCACCCUCCACAGUCCCAGAGCCCGGCCAUGCUGAGCCGCCCCUCACAGUCCCAGAGUCCGGCCAUGCUGAGCGCCUGCCACCAGCUCCGCUGAGCUGCUCCCCACAGUCCCAGAGUCCAACCCUCCUGAGCCACCCCCCACAGACCCAGAGCCCAGCCCCCCUGAGUCACUCCCCACAGUCCCAGAGCCCAGCCCCCAUGAGCUGCCUCCCACAGUCCCAGAGCCACUUACUGCCAUCCCCUCUAAGCUGUCUCCCACAGCCCCAGAGUCUGGCCCCCCAAGGUUGGCCACCCCCACCCCUGCUGAGCUGCCCCUUCCCCCGGAGUUGCCUCUCAGUGCCCUGGAGUUGGCUGUGUUUAGCAGGAUGUGGGAUCCCUCCACAGACCUGCCCCUGCUGGCGGGGAAGCAGGCCUGGCACAGUGAGCGGGCACAGCUGCAGAAUAUCCUGUGGGAACUGCAGAAGUCGACAGGCCAGGCUGGAGUGCAGGAGCAGCUGGAGGAGGUGCUGUCCCAUCUGCUGCAGGAGAACCGGGCCCUGCAGGCUGAGCUGGCGCUGUGGCAAUCUCAUGCCCGAGAGGAAUGUACCAUGCCUGCCACUGGAGACGGACAGCAUCAGGGGACCUCAGCCACCCCCACUGCAGCACCUCUAGGGGACAGAGGCCAGGGAGACCUUGCUUAUGUUCUCCGGACUGCCUGGCCGGGGGCACAGGAUGCCCAGACCCAGACGGAGGGGCCGGUGCCGGGCCAGCAGCACAGGGAGCUCAUCUCGGCAGCCUUCGACCACACUCAGUAUGAGCCCUAUGGGCUGCCUGAGGUCGUCAUGAAAGGUUUUGCUGACAUCCCCUCCGGCCCCUUCUGCCCCUAUGUCCUUCGGAGGGGGCUCCUGGGCAGCACUCCCUUGGCCCAGCUGGCACCCAAAGCUGAGCCGGAGGAGGAUCCCGCUGAAUCUGAUAUGGGCACCAGUGUCUGAGAGCAUCUGCUGGCUUGGGUGGCAGAAAUGUGCCCCCCCGUCCCCCUCCCCCCGCUACAAAGAUUCCUGAACUUGCCUGGAGCUCCCAGCUGCUAUGUGGCACCUUAUGGCUGAGAAGGGGAGUCCUUCCCCCGUUCCCUUCACAGGCUGGACAUGCGUAACCCUCUGGGAUUUAUUUUACAACCUGGCUUCCUUAAGGUGCUAAAAAUUGUGGAUACUAAAGCUCAAUGGGCUCAGAGCUGCUCAGUGCCCCCCUCCCUGCACACAAGGAAUGGGGCAGCUCAAUGAAUGGGGUUAAUUGGAAUCUCUGUCACCUCCUCCCCCCCCCCCCCACGCACACAGUUUGAAGGGAGUUAAGCCCUCUCUUCAUGGCUCAGGGAAUCAAAGGGCGGGUUGUGUCCACCCACCCAAAGUUUGGAGGAGCCACUGUGUUGAGUCAUCCCCCUUGAGAGGGCCACAGCAGAAGUGCCUCAGAAAGGGGGUGGUGCAGUGCAGGGAGUUUCCCCCCAGCCCCCAGCUCUGGGGUUUGUAUGUAACUCUGUCUCCCCCGGCCCCAAUAAAGUUCCUUGCCUCAGCUCCAGGCAGCUCCUGCCUGCAUCUUUCCAUCUUCGGGGGGUCUGGCAGCUGCAUUGCUCCCAAGCUAGUCUGGGCUGGAGACACCCCAUUCCUGUACAGGUCUCCAGCACUUCAGGGUGAGAGAGUGUUACAUCAGCCCCCACACAGAACCCAGACAUCUGCAGGCAGAGGGACAGUAGUGCCCCCACCCCAUUCUGCAGGGGGGAAAUGGGCACAGAGAAGGGACAUGGAGCAGCUGAGAAUUGAACCCAGGAGUCCUGCCACCUCCUCUGGGGCCAGGGAGGGAGCAGUGCAGCGGGACUUGGGGGGCUGCACCAUCCCAGGGAACCCCCAGCAAGGGGAACCCCUCUAUCCUAAAA